AUGGAGUACAGAAAGUCUGAUGCAUACCUAAUGAAACUAAAAUACAUGAAGCUGAAAAAAUACUUGAAAGAAAUAGAUGAACGACAAAAAGGAGCUCUUCUGCGAAACCAGACCUGUUUAAAGGAAUUCAACCAAUUUGAAGCUCAUAUGAAAACUUCAAGUUCAGAGAUGAUUGAGAAGAUGGAAGCAUGGUAUGGAAGACAAAUUAAAAGUGUACUGUCACUUCAAGAGGGUAACUUGUCAGCAGAAGGUGACAAGGAAGAAGAAUACAACGAGCAGAUGCUGUGGAUUGCAAGACAGGCAGGAAUUGGCACUGGGGCAGCUGUGCCAAGAGGACUGUGUCGUCCGGCAGCAGUCCUUAUGGGUCGCCACACGUCAGCCGUCUCAGCUGCUGGAGGUUUGGGCACGCAGCAGACACCCCCCCAGCUCACAGAUUGCUGCCUGGCGCCCGACCCACCUUUGUGCUCGCCGUCACUUGAAGGACUCGGUCCAGAGAGCAGAAGUACCGGUUUAGAGAGUGAUGCAUCAGCGGAGGGAGCAGCGAGACACGGGGACUUCGCCGCUGGUGAGGAAGACUCCGAGCAGCUUACCUCGUCAGCAUCUGAUCCCAAACCAGCCACCCCCGAGGAGGAACGGCUGCGGGGAAGCGUCCCAGGACCAAAGCCUUGCCUGAGUAACUGGCAGACUUGUCAGGAGGCAAGCUGGGAGAGCAGUGUCGAGCUCCCAGUCCCCAUGAGUGCCAAGGAGGUGAUGUCAAGCACUCCUGGCCCGCUGCGGGGAGCAGCCUCACCCUCAGACGGCUGGGAGGAGGGCAGGGAUGCCCACCCUGUGGAUGGCUCCCCGCUGCAACCACCAAACCCUCCCAUGGCGCAGGAGGAGCCCUUGGUCAGCUCAGCACCAGACAGGCACGGUGGGAUGCUGGCAGGACUCUCCCGUGCACUGCAGCUGAUAGAAGACGUGGUGGUGAGGAUGAGCCCUGGCCACCGGGUGCUGUACCAGGGCAAGCACCUGUGGACAAUGAGGACAGCGGAGCUGCUCAGCUUUUGUAAUUGGGCCGGCAGUCUUAAAGAAGACGACCUUGAAGCAUGCGAAGCAGUUGUCCUUCAUCAGCUUCGGGCUUUAUCACAGAGUACGCUGAAUGGAUGCCUCCUACCUGAGAACACACUCGAUGCUGAAGGUAGAGCGGUGAAUGAAAAGCAAACCAGGCCAGACCAGCGGUGGGAUGUGGACAUGCUGCGGACUUGCUUGAGCAACCAUGCCUUGUUCUUGAGAAAGCACCAAGUUCAGGUCACAGAAGAAGUGGCAGAGAUGUUUGAAAGCCUGCUGGUUUCCAGCAAGAAGGUGCAGGACUGUCAGGCUCUACCAGUGUUGAGAGAGGUCCUUCCAGAAGAGUGUGGGGAUAGGUCAUCUAUUCAGAGUAAUGAAUCAUCUUACAGCUUGCCAUCGAUCCCAAACGACGGCGGGGAAAUAAAGCAGGCAAAACACGCUCCCUGGCUCGCUGGUGCAGGAGAACAAGAAGUCACAAGCUGGUGUGAAGAUGAGAGCAAGGAAGAAAGCGUGGUCGAAAAGAUUCCUAUUACAGGUUGGGAUAGUGGCGAUGGUAGUUCCAAAGCAAAAAUAAGUGCAAGCCAAGAAAUGCAUUCAGAAUCUAGUUCUUCAUCGAAUGAAAGAAGUCCUCCCUUCUCAAGGACUGAAACCAGGAAGGGAAUGGUAACUGCUAUAAAAUCCAAAGCUUUCUGGGGCGAAUCUGACGACAGCAGCUCCGAGAUUGAGGCUGCUUUGCGCCCACAAACUCACAGCACAGAAGCAGACGAAUUCGAUGACUUCUAUGAUUAA